UAUCGGCCCUAUAAAACACGGACACAGACUCGUAUGCGGAUAAACUGGGAUUAACUACCGUACGCUUUAGUACUUCAGUACAAAAUGUAUUUCAAGAUUUAUGUCAUAAUUCUGCUGGUUACUCUAGUAGCAAUUGUUCAAGGGUCUCCUGUAGGGGGCUCGAAGUUAACAGCUGUGCAAAAUCGCGGUGAUGAAAUGAUGGAAGCAGCGGAGUCGCAAAACCCUUUUCUGCCGCGAUUCGCCAUGAAGAAACUCAAGGAGAGGCGAGAGAAAGCUAGAGCCCAAAGGAGAAACUAUCAAGGACAGAGAAGGGUUAAUCCACGAUAUCGUCAACCGUGCCCGCAAAAUGGAUUUGUUUAUUAUAAAUGAAGACUAGGACAGUUUUGUUAUUAUACGUGGGAUUUGUUAGUGUUAUUGCAAAUCCUGCAUCAAAGGAAACGGCUGACGCAGAGAAUGAUAAGACACCAUUAUUAGAAACUAUAGAACCAGAAACAACUUUUGUAGAUGAGUCUUCGUCAAUAGCCAAUAGUGAAACACCAAGUGACAAUGGGGUGAAAUUUGAAAUUUCUGAAUCAGUACCUAAUAUUGAGGAAAACAUUGUAGCGACAUUCAACUCAGCGGACGAAGACGCCAUUGAAGAAAAUAUUAUUAAUCCCCCAAUGGAUGUAUUCCCGCAAAUGGAGACUGACUUGAAUGUAAAUUACGAACCAAUAUUUGAUGACUCAUAUAGAUUUGUCUCCAUGAACAAAGUUCAAGAUGAAAUCAUGGAAACCGCAGCAGGUUUUGCCCCCUUGCCAUUUUUUAGGAAGAGGCAGAAGCCGCGUCGUCGUUACGUUACCAGAAGAAAUUUUAGAAGAAAUCCUUACAGAAAUGCACACUUCUUUUACCCAUACUACGGUUUUUACUAUAAUCCAAGCUCUCUAAGAUAUUUUUAUUAAUUUUUAACAUAUUUUUCAGGUAAUAUUAGUGUACAUUUGUGGAAACAACCACACGCGAAGCAUUUAUUGUAAAACUAUACUUGCCGGUGGAAACGUCAUUAGAUUAUAACAAACAGGGUAUAGGAAACUAUUUUGUAUUUUUAUGAUAUUUAUUUAUAAAAAAUCAUUUAUCUUUAAACAUAAAUGCCUUAUCAAUAUAAUCAAUUCAAUACCAUUAUUAUAUAAAUUCACCUAUUUACAUUAAUUGUAAAUUGUAUUUUGUUUGCUAUGUGUCACUUAGGAAUAUUGUUGUACACAAAGUUGUAUUACAUUCAUGGCAGUUAUUUCAAAGUGGUUCUUUUGUUAACAAUAACCAGUAACAUGUGAACUUAUGUAAACUACGUCUUUUAUAUUUUUAAGGUAUGACACCACCACUUCGCCCUCCUAUAACAUUUAUACGAAUCACAAUUUGUUAAAUACAUAAUUAUUAUAAACGUGGUCGUUAAAACAUGAAAUACGUUAUAUUAUUAAAUAUUUAAAAAGAAGA